GCGAUUUGCUCUGGCGGGUAGGAAUGAGGGAGGGGCUGACGAGACUUAGCUGCCCCCAGAGCACGCACACACACUCCCACAGCCACUCACUCACUCACUCACUCGCUCGCUCGCUCGCUCAGUCAGUCGCAGGGAUCCGGGACGCUCCAGAUAAAGACGUCACCUCUCCAGCCCCUCCGUCUUUGCCGCGUUGGAUUUCCAAAAUUCCGGAUCGCUAAGUGAGCUGCUCCUGGGCCGCGGAGUGACGCGUGAGAUCACAGCUGAUUUUUCAGAAAGCUGCGACGUCGGGGGAAUUCUAUUCCUGACUCGAGCGGGAUCUGGACCUGAUUAGACUCCAGGUCGGCUGAAUCCUGCAGCAGGGAGUUAUGUAGGCAGCUCUGUGGGACAGGAGAACUGUGGAAGUGACUGCAAGCGUUCUGGUGGAAAGAGGAGAUGCUUUUUCUCGAGCGCCCACGUGUCAUGAACCUGGAGCGUCCUGCUGCUCCCCGUGGCCCCGACAUGGAGGCUCGUGCUGGUGGGAAAGUGGGGAAGAUGUCAGUGGGCUUCCAGCGGAGCUCCACUUCGGACGACGACUCCGGCUGUGCGCUGGAAGAGUACACCUGGGUGCCGCCGGGACUCCGGCCAGAGCAGGUCCAGAUGUAUUUCUCCUGUCUACCAGAGGACAAGGUGCCAUAUGUCAACAGCCCUGGAGAGAAGCACAGGAUCCGACAGCUCCUCUACCAGCUGCCACCGCACGACAACGAGGUGCGUUAUUGCCACACACUCACCGAGGAGGAAAAGCGGGAACUGCACAUGUUCAGUGCCCAGAGGAAGAGGGAAGCGCUGGGGAGAGGAACACCCAAGAUCCUGCCGCGAGCGCUGCAACACAGCCGCUGUGAAAACUGUGGCGGAGGCAUCAACGGAGGAGACAUGGCAGUUUUUGCCUCUAGAGCAGGGCCCAGCCCCUGCUGGCACCCAGCAUGCUUUGUGUGUGCUACGUGUCAAGAACUGCUUGUGGACCUGAUAUAUUUCCACCAAAAUGGCAAGAUCCUUUGUGGGAGACAUCACGCUGAACUUCUCAAACCAAGGUGUUCCUCUUGUGAUGAGAUCAUCUUUGCGGAUGAAUGCACUGAAGCUGAGGGUCGCCACUGGCACAUGAAGCACUUUGCCUGUUUCGAAUGCGAGACGAUGCUAGGUGGCCAGCGCUACAUCAUGAAAGAUGGCCGUCCAUACUGCUGUGGCUGUUUUGAGUCAUUGUAUGCAGAGUACUGCGAAGCCUGUGGUGAAAAUAUCGGUGUUGACCAUGCCCAGAUGACCUAUGAGGGUGUGCACUGGCAUGCUACAGACCAGUGCUUCUGUUGUGCCCAGUGCAAGACAUCUUUAUUGGGCUGUCCCUUCCUACCUAAGCAGGGGCGCAUCUAUUGCUCGAAAGCUUGCAGUCAAGGGGAGGAUAUUCAUGCCUCCGACUCGUCUGACUCUGCCUUUCAAUCUGCACGCUCAAGAGAAUCGCGGCGGAGCGUCCGGAUGGGAAAGAGCAGCAGGCCUGCGGAACAGUGGAGACAGUCACAGCUGUUUAAUCCCCCUGCCACCGUCUCGUCAUUUACAUACAAUUUGGGGGAUAAAGACGGCGAAGGAGAUGCAGAUGGCAGCAUUGAUAUUGUUGGGCGUAAGCUGGCCCGCCUCGGCUUGGAAGAGGACAGCUUUUGGAGGGAGCGGGAGGAGCAGGAUGCUGGGGCAGAGGAGGAUCCAGAAGAGUGGGCACAGCAUGAGGACUAUAUGACGCAGCUUUUGCUCAAGUUUGGUGACCGUGGGAUGUUGCAUCAACCUCAGCAGCCACCCCUAAAAUCACCCAGCCCUAGCAGUGAUAGAAGCAGGCUAUUGGGUGUAUCUGACCCCUGGCUAAAGCCCGACGCUACACCAGUGGGCAUUACUGCCUCUCCCACACCUGCAAGCCCCACCCAGAGCCAAACCUCGAAUCAAUCCCGAGCGAACAGCCCUGGACUGAUGAGCAAGAAGCACUUGCCUGAGAUGUACUGGGCCCAGUCACAGGAUGGGUUAGGAGACUCUGCUUAUGGCAGUCAUCCUGGACCUGCCAGUGCCCGGAAGAUCCAGGAGCUUGAGUUGGACCAGGAUCAGGGCCAGUCUGUGAAAGUAAGACCGGCGUACUGGCCAGACAAAAGGCAGUGGUACGAAGACUCACUAGAAUGUAUCGCUGAUGAGCUUAGGAAAGCUGAGCAAGGUGUUGGAGACUCCAUGGACUCCCUUGCACUCUCAAAUAUCACAGGUGCAUCAGUGGAUGCUGACGGCAGGGAACGACCUGUAGUCUAUGCCUAUGAAGUGCAAGGACCUUCGAUGGCAGAUGACUGUGAGAAGAUGAGCAACAUGGGAACCUUUAACUCCUCUCACCUCCACCAGAGCAACAAUUCUCUGAAUCGUAACACAGAAAAAGAAGCUGAAAAAGCCACACUGGCUACGAGGGAGGGAACGUCAGGAGGACGUCUUCCAUUGUCCCCACAUUCCGAUGGUCUUCCUCCCUGCUUUGUCCAUGCACCAGCUUUAAGGAGAAGCAAGUCUCAAUCCAGGCCUCCGCAGAUGGUGAAGUUCUCAGAAGAUACUGUCGACAAUGGAUACAAUGAUGAAUUUGAAGUAAAUAUUAGAAAGCACCCCAUGAGCGAGAAGCCACAGAGAAGGGCAUAUUGUUCAGAUCAGGUAAUGAGAGAAAGAACCCGCCCAACUAGUCACCAUGGGCGCAGCAGGCAACACCGCCGACAAGGCCGGCAUCACCGGAGUCGCAAGACUCGCUCAGACAAUGCCCUUCACAUGGUGCCUUUGGAGAGAGCACAGAGGCCAUAUGUGCCUCAGCAGCAGGGUCUAGUAAACCCUCCAUGUGGUGCCAUGCUCAUGCCGCAUCCCUCUCACAGGUUGCCGCUGGCAUACUCGCAAACUCGAUCCGACUAUAUGCUUGAGGGCUCAACGCAAGUGGACCCUCAAGUUGAGCAUUUCUUGGGUCUCUACAGAGAUGAGGACGACUGGUGCUCCACGUGUUCCUCCUCCUCGUCAGACUCUGAAGAGGAAGGCUACUUCCUGGGCCAGCCAAUCCCUCAGCCUCGAGCAGCUGGGCGCUACUACGCUGAGGACUACCCAACAAGGGUCACAGCCCUCUCUCCACACAGUCACGGGUCACAGACUGGUCGCAAAAAGACCCACCGCUCCAAAAACUGUAUCAUUUCCUAACAGUUCACAGGAUAUUUCCAUUCUACACUGCAAAGAGCUGAGCAGUACAGUCAGACGUUCAGAUCAGAGGGUUUACACAGAUCAAGUCUAGCUUUACGAAGGCUAAGCAAUGCAGGUGCACACACUGUUUAUGUCUCAACAUAAGGUGCAUGGCAACAAGUCAAGAUGCAUAUCCUGCUAUAUUGAUUGAAGGUCUGAACAACAUGGAAUCAGAAAAUCAUCACGUGUAAAUCUGUCCUAGAUUAUGGGUCUCAUUGAAUUUCAGCACAAUGAUUUAUAGCCUAGUGAAGUCGGAAUGCUCCUUUAGACAGCGCACACCAGAUUUACGGUGACGUUUGGCAAAGAAGAGACAUUACACUUUCAUUUCAACAUGUGUCAUGAAGAUUUCCUUAUGUUCAUUAAAAGGCUUGCAGCAGUAUCUUUGUGUGCAUUGAGACCAUUGAGGUCCAGUAGGAAAUGAAAACUAACAAAAUAAUUAUUUAAUGGAUAACAGUACCAAAUUAUAAUGUAUAUACUAAGUUAAGACUUUCAUACUGGUAUUUUUUAUAUCCAUGGUUUCAUGAAUACUUUUGAAGUGAGUUAUACAAAAAUAGUGGUUGUAUUGAACAAAUAGACAGUGUUAAUAUUUUCUCAGAAGAGUCAAGGAAGGUGACAGUUUGUGAACUAUGCUCUUUACUGUAAGGUGCCAUGAUACCCUGGAACAACGGCCAUUAUAACCAAUUCCACAAUACUCACUAUUGGUGUACACAGUAUAAAACUAAUGGCAGUGAGAUGCGCAUUUCCCAUAUUAAGCCCAGUCAACAUAACCAGCUAAAUGCUUUGUGAUGUAAAGCUGCUUGUAAUAAAAUACCUUUCUUUCCAAACAUGAGACUUGCUAAUUUCUUUAUAAAUCCAAGGUCAGUUUUUCUUUUCUUACUUUUUAACACCUGAAAUUUUCUCCAGCCUAAUUAGGUUUCAUGAUAGUCACAUUAAAGAUACUUUCAUUUCAUAUAAACCAUAAAAGAUCCAGCUCAUUUUCUAGCAUGCAUUUCAAGAUCUGAGGAAGUUAAUUAAGUAGGAGGAAGGAGGAACUUUUCUAUUAAACACAACCUUAAAAUAGCAUCUCAUACUUAUAUAUGCCUCAUUAAUAGAUUGAAAUAUUAUAAAAAGAUUGUAGAGAAGCUAAGUUCUGCAACCAUUAUCCCAAAGUCACCAAAAUAAGGUUAUAAUAAGGUUUGCUUACACUUUUUAAUAGAAGGACAUGUUAUAAAAUUGGAAGAAAGAAAACUUGUCAACACAAUGAAAAGAGCCCAACAGUCAAGACUAUAUAGUACAAAUUUAAACAAUAAUGCUGAACUGUUAUAAAUUUAGCAGCACCAAGUCAUAUGCAUGACAUUUACA